AUGAAGUUCGUCACCUUAUGGACCGUGUUGGCCGUCGCCUGGGCCUACACGAUAAAGCUGGGUUCUCUCCUGGUCAACGAUAAGAAGAUUGCCAUUGGCGAAGUCAAUACUCUCCAGAUCCAGUCGUUGCCGGUACUGGCUCCCCAGGACGUGAUCGCCGUGGAAUUGAACCUUAAGAAAACUACUGACGAACCGCAGCAGCUCGUGAUCCAGUUUGCCAGCGCUGUUAAGCCGGAAUACCUGAUCCAGAAAGUGCCCAAGUUCACCGACGGCUCCAAGGUGUCGUUGUCGUUGACCGCGAAGGCGUUGCCCGAAGCGCUUAAAUCCGGCCCCAUUGCCGUCAAAUUCAUCAUUGCCCUGCUGUCAGACCGUCUCGUGAAGCUCUUAGGCCAAUUGGAGCCGCUGACAGAAAUCUCCGAAGCGGUGAAACUUAUCCAACAGGAUGACCGUUUAGGCGCCAAACCCGAGAUUUUCCACCAAUUCCGAUCGAACCCGGAAACGGUGAAUCCGGCGAUCCCCAUCGUGUUCCUCGGGGUGGCGUUUGUGUUAUUCGUGGCGUUGCUUAUUGGCUGGUACGGGGUCGUUGGUCUCGAUGCCAUCUUUUACCAAUUCCGUUUCAUCACCAAGAUCCAGCUUCUCUAUAACGCGUCGUUUUUGACCACCCUCGGUGUGUUCCAAGUAAUCAUCGCCCGCUACUACUUGGGCGAGCUGAUCUUCGCCACUGUGAAAUGGGCGCUUGUCGUCGCUGUACCGGCGGUGUUCCUCGGGAGCAAAGUGUUGCGGUUUCUCAAGGCCACCCAGGCGGCGGGGAGAGCGUAA